UUGAUCAUCAACCUGGUUACCCCUCCCUGAGCACAGUACGAAAGAGCAAAGGGCAAAUGACAAACGGACAAAUCACACCGUAUACUACUGACGGAAACAGCUAUGUUCCUCAUUUGGAUUGCAUCUGUUUUUGCUUGUUCUACAGCAGAUUUCACUCUAUUAGUUCCUGAUGGUUCUGUGUCAGCACAACUAGGGUCAUCAGCUGUCAUGCCCUGUGGUGUUUCUCCCCCUUCAAAUGCUGAAACGUUUGAGGUUCGAUGGUACAGGAACAGCUACAACAACCCAGUUCUGCUGUAUAAAGAUCUGAAAGUCGAGGAGAGCAUUGGAGAUCCUCAGUACAGAGGAAGAGCGUCUUUGGUUGGGGAUCUGCAGAAAGGGAACGUCUCUCUGAAACUGAUGAACAUUGUGGUGGAAGACAUGGGAAAAUAUGUUUGUUAUGUCAAGAGUGUUACUUGGUAUGAACAGGCUGGCUUAAAUCUCACAGUAAAAGCACUGGGCUCAUCUCCUCUCCUCUCAUUGGCUGAAGAUGGGGAUCAGCUGAAUGUCACCUGUGCAUCAGAUGGAUGGUUACCAAAGCCCAACCUCACCUGGAGAGACAAAGAAGGAAACAAACUCACACCCAACCAUAUUAUUUACAGACAUGACUCUGAAGGCUUGGUGAGUGUUAGCUCUUGGUUGCUUGUUUCUCCAUCUGAGUCAGAGUGGAUCUCCUGUUCUGUGGGUUCAUCUGAUCAGGAGAUAAAAGAGGCAAGAGUUAUACCAUACAAAGGAAUCUGGAGGGAUGCGUUUGUUUCAACUCUAGUACUUUCACUAAUCAUCAUCAUUACCCUGACUGUUCUUCUUCUUUUAAUAAGACAAGGUUUGCUACCACACUGUUCAUCUGGGAAAAACGCACGAGCAACAGAAGAUUUCCAUGAAUCCACACAAGAAGAAACAUGUCCUCUUAAAGGUAUCAGUACAGAGUUACCUGUAGCUCCAGUUAAUGCUGAAGAACAAGUGAAGACAUGGAAUAAAUUGAAGACACAGAAAAAAGAUAGAUUGAAGCUCACUGUAGAUCCAACUACACUUCAAGAACCUCUCAUUAUCACACAAGAAGGUAAUGGUGUGUACUGUGGAAAACUGAAAAGAACAGAGCACUUAAAUACUGACUCGUUUCCUCAAGUUCUGAGUAAAGAAGAAUUCUCCUCAGGACAGAAAUACUGGGAAGUUUUGGUGGACCAAAAGAAGAGUAAAAAGUCAUGGUGUGUAGGAGUGACUCAGAAGCUCCCCAGUAAAAAGACCCUCACAGCUCUCUGUUAUGAAGAAGGUUCUGGUAUUUACACUAGUACUAAUCCUCGCACUACAAUACCUGCUGAAGAACAUUUUACCACCCUUGGGCUGCUUUUAGAUUUCCAACGAAAAACUCUGUCCUUCUGUAACAUAGAUAAGGGAGCUCAUCUUCAUACUUUUAAAAUGAAGAUUACAAGUAAAAGUAAAUAUUUUGCUGUUAUCAGUCCAGGGAUAAAAGAUAAGGACCCUGUGAGCUUUUAUAGUAAAUUUCUUUUACUUCUUGUUCACUCUGUGUGUGCUGAUCUAAGGAAUAUGGCUCAGAGGAUCAACCGAACAGCAGUUAUGCUUGUUCUAUUGAUGAUGUUUGGCCUUUUUGGAUGUUCCACUGCAGAAAUCUUCUCUUUGCAGGUUCCUGGUGGAUUCAUCCAGGCUAAAGUAGGAUCCUCUGUUCUCCUGCCGUGUGAAAUGUCCCCUGCUCUUAACGCUGAGAGCUACAAAGUUAGCUGGUACCGACCCAAUAAAGAAGACAGCCCGGUUCUGCUGUAUAAAGAUCUGAAGGUGCAGGAGAACACAGGAGAUCCUCAGUACAGAGGCAGAGCGUCUCUGGUUGGGGAUCUGCAGAAAGGGAACGUCUCUCUGAAACUGGAGAAUCUCACUCUAGCAGACAGAGGAGAAUACGUGUGCUUUGUUCAGAGUGGAACAUGGUAUGAAAGGGCCAGUGUAAACCUGAAUAUUACAGUGGUUGGGUCUCUUCCUGUCCUCUCAUUGGCUGAAACUGGAGAUAAGGUGAAUGUUACCUGUGCUUCAGAUGGAUGGUCACCAAAGCCCAUCAUCACCUGGAAAGACAUGAGAGGAAGAGAACUCAGAAACAGGGUUGUUCAGCACAAAACAGAUUCUGAAGGGUUGGUGAGUGUGAGAUCUUGGCUGAUGUUCUCUCCCUCAGACUCAGAGUGGAUCUCCUGUUCUGUGGGUUUAUCUGAUCAUGAGAUAAAAGAGGGAAGAGUUCUGCCACUCAAAUCAGCUCCUGCAACAGAACAGACAUCAGGAGUUUCUCCAGGAUGGAAAGUCUCCUUCAUCAUCUCACUGCUUAUCAAUCUGCUGGUUUUCACUGUAAUGGCAUUCCUAUUCAUCCCCAAGAUCAGAGGUCUUAUUUUUACACAAGAACAGAAGAUCACAUCAAAAGGUGAACAAACAAAUCUUCUUGGAGACAUCACUCUUCCACUAGAAACAGGUCCUGUUGCUGAAACAACUGCAGGAGCUGCUCAAACCUCAGAAAAAACAGACAAAGCUACAAACACAGAAAAAGAAAUUACAGAUUGGGAAAAAAUGCUUUCCUGCAAAGUUGCUAUAAGGCCAACAGAAUCUUCACGUUUUGUGGAUGUUGAAAAGAUGAAGGUGGACAAGAGUAAUGUGACAAGAAUAACAUGGAAGUCAAACAAAAAUGAGACAGGACGUGUUCCUGUUCUGUGUAAAGAGAGAAUCAUCAGGGGACGAUACUACUGGGAAAUAACAGCUCUCACAGAACCUCCUCCUUCAUGGUUUUUAUAUUCAUGGUUUAUAAAGUCAUGGUGUUAUGAAUAUCCAUCUUCCUGGUAUGUUGGAGUAACCACUGAAACAGCGUGGAAGAAAAAACAUGCUCAUUUAUCUUCAGAAAACGACUUCUGGAUUCUUCAGUAUGAGAAGGAGAAAGGCUACUAUGUUAAUGAUCCUGUUAUGAUUCCGGUUCUAGUGAGAGAUCGGUUCUCCAGGCUGGGAGUUUAUAUAGACUGUGAGAGACACACUCUGUCUUUUUACGACUGUGAUAAAAGAUCACAUCUCUACACUUUCUAUAAUGUAGAUUCCACAAAACCACUGAUUCCAGUUUUAAGCCCUGGAAACAAACCUAGACAUACAGUCGCAAUCUGUGAAGAAAAGUGUUUCAGAUGUGAUGAACUUUAUCCACAAUAUGACACCAAGUGAGCUGGGGGAGAAAUGUGAUAUGAAGGUAUUUAACAUGAAGAAGAGGAUGCUAUAAAUGCUACAAUAAACAAGACUAAGACUGUCAGUAGUGGAGCAAAGUUUAUACAUCUUCUAGCUAGUACUAGGUAAGUAUUAAAUCUACUAAUGAGAUUGAGUUUUAUUUUGUAUCCUUCGUUAAGUUUAGAUUUUCACCAUUUUUGUGUAAUUUGUAAUUUAUAAAAGUGCACAUAUUUUUGUAUUAAUCGUUACAGUGUCUUUGUUACUGGAUGUUUGCUACAUUAGAUAAAGUGUGUUACUGCAAAAUUGUUACUGACAAAAACUGCCUAAAAGUUGUUGAGCCAAGUUAACAAUUAUCUGUAAGAUUUUAUAUUUUAAAAUAAUAUUAAUGUCACUUUUACUGCUCUCACAUUGUUGUAGUUUAGUUUGUGCUGAAAUAUUUCUGAACUUUAUAAACAAAUCAUUUAGCUAGAUGUAAUUUUUAAAAAUGUUGAGGCAUGUGGUUAGUUUAGGAUAAAAAAUACAAAAGAAACAAAAAUAAAAUGUAUUAAAAGGCAUUAUUUGUAUACAUUGAUCUGUUCCUUUCUGUUCACUGUGCAAAUUCUAAAUAAAAGUUGACACUGUA